CAACAAAAUCAUCCAUUUGUAAUUUUUUCUUUACUCUCCUGCCAACCGGAUGAUGCAGGAGAAACAAAACCAAAGCACAAACCCUUUGUGCCAGCUUUGGUGCCUCCCAAAAUUCCUGAUGGAGAGAAAUUUGAUUUUGAUGAUAUUCACCGCAAACGUAUGGAGAAAGACCUGACGGAGCUACAGACGCUCAUUGAGGCUCACUUUGAGAGCAGAAAGAAAGAAGAAGAGGAGCUGAUCAACAUCACCCAACGGAUUGAGAACCGGAGGGGGGAACGAGCGGAGCAGCACCGGAUCCGCACAGAGCGCGAGAAAGAGCGGCAAAACAGACUAGCCGAGGAAAAGGCACGAAAAGAGGAGGAAGAGGCCAAGAGGAAGGCUGAUGAUGACGCUAAGAAGAAGAAGGUUCUCACGAGCUUCCAGUACACGGGAUUCAUGCAGAGGACAGACAAGAGGGGUGGGCCUAAGAAGCAAACAGAGAGGGAGAAGAAAAAAACGAUUCUUAGUGAACGCCGUAAGGAACUGAACGUCGAAAACCUGAGUGCCGAUAAACUGAGAGAAACCGCGAACGAACUCUGGAAGUCGAUGCGCCAACUUGAAGCCGAGAAGUUCGAGCUGCAAUACAGAUACAUGUGCCAGAAAUACGAGAUCACCGUCCUUAGGAAUCGUGUCAGCGACCAUCAGAAAAAUACCAAAGGCUCGAGGAGUAAGAGAGGACUACGAAAAUAAAGCAGCUUCACGGAGACACCAGCAACUUCUACCACACUGAUAUUUUAAUCAUAAAUAAUAUGCUUUAAUAUAAUCAUCUACAUUCUGGUCCUAGUGUAAUGUUUUUUGAAGCACUGCAAAGAAUAAA